AUAACUGAUGGCGCCUUGACAGCUUCUACCUACUAUAACCGUUACCUUGCUCCUUGGCAUGGGCGUAUCAACCACCGCUGGUCAUGGAGUGCGAGGCGCAGCGCGCGCGGUCAAUGGCUCCAGGUGUACUUUGGGGUGUUAGCCAGACUAACUGGAAUUUCCUCCCAAGGACGCCAAGAUGCUAAUCAGUGGGUCAAGAGCUUUGUGCUAACCUUUAGCAGAGAUGGAAUUAAGUUUAUCAAGUAUCCAAAGGUUUUCUCAGCCAACAGUGACCGUCAUACAAUAGUAACAAACACUUUUGUCAAGUCCAUCGCAGCUUCAUAUGUCCGUGUUCUUCCUCUGACUUGGUACGGCUGGAUGUCAAUGAGAUUGGACUUCAUAGGCUGUCCUAUUGCUCCUCUCUGCAAUCGUCCACUGGGAUUGCAAUCUGGAAGAAUCCCCAAUGCAAGAAUAACCUCGUCAUCAGCGUACAAUGCACGAUACACAGCACCCAACGGGCGGCUAAACAAACCAUUCUGUUGGAUUGCAAGACACAAAAAUCACAACCAGUGGUUCAAGGUGGACUUUGGUAGAGUUACCACCGUGAGAAAGAUUGCCACGCAAGGAAGAAGAGAUGCCAACCAGUGGGUGACACGAUACAAGCUGACUUACAGCUUAGACACACUGCACUGGGCCACUUACCGACAGAAGAGUCAAGAUAAGUACUUCACAGCCAACCGUGACCGUAUCAGCAUUGUUGAGAACGUUCUUUCUCCUCCAAUACAAACUCGCUACCUCCGUCUGCAUCCAUGGGGCUGGCAUGGUUACAUCUCUAUGAGAGCUGAGUUUUAUGGCUGUCGCUCGGAUCCUUGCCAUGUUCCGCUUGGUAUGGAAGAUGGUCGUAUCACCAAACAGGCUGUAACAGCGUCCUCCAUGUAUAACUAUUAUUACGGUCCGUGGAAUGCCAGACUUCAGUCCAGAAAUCAUGGAUAUGUGCGCGGAGGAUGGAUCGCAAAGUAUAACAAUAGGAAACAGUGGCUCAACAUAGACUUGGGUACCAUCAGUCGACUAAAAGGAUUCGCUACUCAGGGAAGAUAUGACGCGGACCAGUGGGUGACAAGCUAUACAGUGUCCUACAGUAUGAACAAUAUCAGAUUCAUCUCGUACAGUGAAGGACGAGGAGUAAAGAUUUUCUUAGGCAACGUUCAAAGGAACUUCGUGGUAACCCACCGCUUCCUUCGACCGUUCAAGGCUCGCUAUGUGCGCAUUCAUCCGAAAACGUGGCGCAGCCAUAUUUCCAUGAGGGUUGAACUUUACGGCUGCAGACUGGGCAAACUGUGUAAUCGUCCACUUGGAAUGCAAAAUGGCCGCAUCAGAAAUGUAGCGAUCACAUCAUCUUCCCGCUGGGAUAACUUCCACGCUCCUCAUUUAGCUCGGUUACAAAACAAACGCAGGGGGCGGUACAUGGGCGGUUGGUCUGCCAAGAUUAAUAAUGCUUACCAGUGGUUACAAAUAGACUUAACACGUCCUACUAAAGUGGUCCGUAUAUCGACUCAAGGCCGGCCCACAGUCAAUCAAUGGGUGACAUCGUAUUACUUACUUUACAGUCAGGAUGGUGUUUAUUUUGCGUAUUAUUUUGAACGCAACACUAUGAAGAUCUUCCAAGCAAACCGCGAUAGAAACACAGUUGUUUCUCAUCCUCUCAUUCCACCAAUCCGAGGCCGUUUUGUCAGACUUCGCAUUAGAUCAUGGUACAGACACAUCUCGACCAGAGUUGAGCUUUAUGGUUGUGCUAUAGGAAGGUGCAAGGUUCCUAUUGGUCUAGACGAUCGGCGUAUCCCAAGUGGUUCACUCUCCGCUUCCUCAAGUUACAACUCCAAACAUGGCCCCGAACGAGGGCGACUCAACAUGGUUGCAGGUCGUGGACGGACGGGUGCUUGGUGUGCUCAGAGGAACAACGCAAAACAAUGGUUCCAGGUUGAUUUUGGUGUCUUGGGUCAUGUCAUGGGCGUGGCCACCCAAGGAAGACAAGAUGCCCACCAGUGGGUGAUGUCAUACGUCGUAUCGUACAGUAGAAAUGGCAGAACUUUCUUCCCUUAUAAGCAAUAUGGAAGAACAAGGGUAUUCCGUGGUAAUUUUGACCGUCACACAGUGGUUGCUUACAGAUUCGUACCUCCUUUCAAAGCGCAGUUUGUUCGAAUUCAUCCCAAGUCUUGGCGCAGUCACAUCUCUAUGAGGGCUGAGUUCUAUGGCUGUUUGGCUGCUCGACCGUGCGCCAUUCCAGUUGGCAUUCAGAGCGGUAAAAUCAAAAACACGGCCAUGACCGCCUCUUCUUCUUAUAACGUCUACCAUGGUCCAUUCCUCGCUCGACUCCACCGCUCUCGUACCGGUCGCUUCAUGGGGGCCUGGGUCGCCCGUAUUAGGAAUGCCAAUCAAUGGUUGCAGGUCGCUCUUGGUCGACCAAUGAAAAUCACAGGAAUUGCAACACAAGGAAGAGCGGAUGCCAACCAAUGGGUGACACGUUAUUUGGUGGCGUUCAGUCAGGAUAACAUACAUUAUGAAUAUUACAUGGAAUAUGGAAACUUUAAGGUAAUCCGCUGGACGCAUUUUUUGACAUUUUAA